CACCGAAGUCUUGGCUCAGGGCAAGAAUGACCAGGCGGACGGCUAUUACGUGAACAAUAGAAAAACCGAUGUUCAGGAGGCGGUCAGCAUGACGAGCCGAGUAAAUCGGAACUGGGACUCCGAGGCAACUCGGCUAGGCUCUGCUUCGGAGGAGACUAUUUAUACUUCAGAUUAUUAUCGAACCCCGUAAACAUCUCACCUCCUCUACGCCCACCCACCAGGCAGGUCACGGCACUUCUUCACCUUUUCUUGGAUCGUGUACACUAUACCAGCCACCCGAUAUAAUAUUCUUCAAGCCCCCACCAUGAAGUUCUGCACCGCUGUUGGCUUUCUGGCUGCUCUGGCCACCAGCGUCCUCGCCAGCCCGGCACCCGCCGUGACCGCGGCGCCGCGGGCUCCGCCGGCGGCGGCGGCGGCGGCGGACGACGACGGCAAGUGCACCAAGUACGAGACGACGACGUCGUUCCACUACAACUUCUGCCCGAUGUACUGCCUCGAGCCGGACAGCCCGCGGUGCCCCCCCGUGGCCUGCCCGGCGGUCAUCGUCAGCUGCAAGCCGGGCGAGACCACCACCCGCCCCCCGCUGCCGGCCCCGACCACCGUCACCGCCACCGUCACCACGGACUGCGUCGUCACCUACGAGGCCGACGUCGGCUGCGCCCCCUGCGGCUGCCUCGGCUGCCCCACGUGUGCGCCCGUCAAGACUGAGACGCCUUGAGGAAGAGAAAUGCAAUGCGACGACGACGAUGAUGAUGAUGUUCGGGAUGAAGUGAUGGAGGUUCUUGAUCACCACACCUAAUUAAAAGGGAGGUGAACAAAAGAACAAAAAAAAUAGUAGCUGAGGAGGGAACGAGUGGGUUUCCUGCAAAAGUAUAUAGUUCGCUUCUUGCGUACAUAUGGAUGCCAAAACUGUUUUUGGUCGUAUUAAUAA